AUGUUCAAACUUUCGGAACUGGUGCGCUGGCUGGGGCUCACCGAGUUCGAGAUUCUGGUCAACUUGUGCGGCCUGCUCGUGUUUACCAUCACACUGGCCGUCAAGCUGCAUCUACAGGCCAGAGUUGGUCCCGGUGGAAUGCUUCCGGAAGCCAUGUGCGAUUGGUUCACUGUGUUUAGCCCGCUAUUCUUCAUUGACAUCUGCAAUGCGUACUUCUGCGUCAUCGUUGGCAUACGCAUGUACCUGGACUCAAACAACAAGCGAAAAGCACUGAACCGCUUCAUGUGGAGCACCUAUUUCCUCGUGCUGAUUGCCAUCUUUAAGUACCUGCUCUGCCUGAAGCUCUCCAGCAAGACGGGCCUCGAGUACUCGGAGGUCUUCUCACCGAUCUUCGUUCUGCUGCAGCUCGUGGCGGUGCGAGCCUGCCAAUUGCCCAACUCCAUAUAAACCAUAGCCCUAGUAUAUCCAUAGUCCUAGUACAUAUACAUAUAUUCUCUCUGAUUUUAUAAGAAGAAAUGUAUUUGUCCCACGGAUUGUAGUAUACGCAAUGUGAAUAUAUUAAUAUUUAAAUUCGAUCUUUAAGAAAGUAA